AUGGUCGUUUCGAUGUUAUCGUUAGAAGACAGUUUGGAGCGUUUCUGGAAAACUGAAGAGCUGACUACGAAAGACAACUACUCUAGCGAGGAAAGACACUGUGAAUCCUGUUACCAGUCAACUGUUUCUCGAAAUUCCGAAGGACGCUAUAUCGUUCGAUAUCCCAGAAAGCCAGACUUCAACGUGAUGCUGGGUGAGUCGAAGAGCUCUGCGCUACGACGGUUCGAAUUACUUGAAAGACGUUUGAAACAAAAUUCAAAUCUCAAAGAUGAAUACCACCAGUUUAUGCGAGAAUAUCUCUCCCUCGGCCAUAUGCGAUUGGUUGAAGCGGACGACGAAAACAAUUCCCAAACUUACUACCUGCCGCACCACCCCGUUUUCAAGGAAGCAAGUACCACAACCAAAAUUCGAGUCGUGUUUGACGGAUCAGCGAAAACUUCUUCCGGCUUCUCUUUGAACGAAGCUCUCUGUGUCGGUCCCGUGGUGCAGGACGAUCUAUUGACCAUCGUUUUGCGCUUCCGAACCUAUCCGAUUGCGCUCGUCGGUGAUAUCGCUAAAAUGUACCGGCAAGUACUUAUUCACCCAGACGAUUCUGCUCUUCAACGUAUCCUUUGGCGUUUUUCUGAUCAAACACCAGUCCAGACAUAUGAACUACUCACUGUUACGUAUGGUCUCGGUCCGUCUUCAUACCUAGCAACUCGUACACUUCAGCAACUGACCGAAGACGAAGGGAUUUCUUACGCGUUGGCAGGAGCUACUAUUAAAAAAUGUUUUUACGUAGACGACUUCAUAGGUGGAGCUCAAACCAUCGAAGAAACAAUCCGUCUACGCACCGAACUGAGCGACUUGUUGCACAAAGGAGGAUUUACACUACGAAAAUGGACUUCUAAUCAGCUCGAAGUUUUGCAAGGUCUUCCCAAUGAUGAGAUUGGUACUCAAUCUGCUUUACAUUUCAGCCCUAACGAGACAAUUAAAGCCCUUGGUAUUAGCUGGGAGCCUGAAGCCGAUCACCUUCGUUUCGACUCUCAAAUUCGAUGUAGUAAUGAACCGCCAACCAAGCGCACUAUUCUUUCGGAUAUAGCAAAACUAUUUGACCCUUUAGGACUAAUUGCACCCGUUGUAGUUCGAGCAAAGAUACUGAUGCAAGAGUUGUGGCUGCUAUCGUGCGGAUGGGACGAUCCUGUUCCAGAACCUAUUAAAACCAAAUGGGAGAAGUAUUACCACGAAUUGGCGAAUAUCUCCGAGCAUCGAGUAGACAGAUACGCGUUUCUACCUGACUCAGUUGUACAACUGCACACAUUCGCAGAUGCAUCCAUAUCUGCAUACGGUGCCUGCACAUACGUCCGCUGUGAAAGCAAAGGGGAAGUAAAAAUACGACUACUGGCUUCGAAGACACGCGUCGCUCCGCUGAAAAGAAUAAGUAUUCCUCGUUUGGAGUUGUGUGCGGCAGUACUAGCAGCCCAUCUACAUGCUCAGAUAAAGAAAGCUAUCGAUGUAAACGUUUCAGAAUCAUAUUUUUGGUCUGACUCAUCUGUCACUCUGCACUGGCUACGAUCACCACCGAAUGUUUGGCCUACCUAUGUGGCUAACAGAGUAUCUGAAAUUCAGCAGUUUACACAUGGUUGUCAAUGGAAGCAUGUUCCCGGAUGUGAAAAUCCUGCUGACCUGGAUUCACGUGGCAUGUCGGUUGACGAGUUUUUGAAAAACGAUAUUUGGAUCAGCGGUCCCACUUGGUUAUCACGUCCACUCCAAGAUUGGCCAGAAUCAAUCCCACCAAGUGUUUCAGAAAUUUUGGACCCACUGGCGGAAGGAAUAUCUCCAAGAACUGCCGAAAGAUACACGAGGAUGGAUACGAAACAACGAAAUUAUUCCCGGUAA